CUUAAACCGCUAACUGGGAGACCGAGUGAGGACGUCCGUCAGCUAUCUAGAGACAGGCCUAGCUGGAUAAACAUGAGUGAACAAGGCGGUGGAGAUUUGCCGAAGCCCAAAAUUGAACAGCUCAUGGCCAAGCUAAGGAUGCUUCAACAAGAGAAAAGACAACUUGAAGAGGAAGUCAAAGGUGCCCAGUCUGUGCAUGACGAUUUGCAAAAGGAGCUUGCAGAUUUCCAAACCGAAGCUAAUGAACUGGAAGGAAUCCAUAAAGAUAAGAAAGAUGCAUCCAGCAAGCUGCAGUUGCAAUGUGAAGACUCUGAGCAGGACUUGAACAGGCAGUUGAAGCAGAACAAGACGAGCGAGGAAUUGCUGGAACACUACAGAUGUGAAAUCGAGGAAGUGAAGCUGAAACACAGGAAAUUGCGAAUAAGAUUUGAAAACCAACUUAUGCAACUGAUAGAGCAGCACAAGCAACUCGACUAUGUCUUUAAUUCAAAGAGACUCCCAGAUGAGUUGAAGAAAGGUGAAGACAUAAAACAUCAGCUGUCAUCAGCUGAACAAGUGAAGUUGGCUCAGCUGCACAAACUGGACGAAGAGUUAGAGGAGGCGAAGAAACAGAAGCAGUUUGAGACUGAAGAUGCACAGAUUCAUGAGUAAACUGAAUGACUUGUCUUCAGUUUUGGGGAUUUAGAGUGACCCGUUCUUUGUGUUGUUUUGAGCCUGGUCUCUUGCCCAGUGUUACAUUUCCUUUAUGUAAUUGUUAAGAUUUCCUGAGUGAGAUAGUCUUAAACACUCAACUUAUAUGUUUUCCACUGUCUAAGAUACUUGCUUUUUAAGUACUUAAUUGACUCAUUCUGAGAUUUAACCAUAUUUAUUGUCUAAAUUGUUCAUAAUCUUCGUGUGGUUUUAGCUUUAAAUCUGAAAAAUGUUGAACUUUUUGAUCUGUAUGAAGAUAUUCUAUGCUGAUGUUAUAUCCACACAAGUGUUGCAUAUAAAAAUGUAACAGCUGCAACUUUGUGACUUUUCUGCAUCAACAAUAAAAAGAAACUCAAAAGCCUGUAAUUACGAAAUUCAAUGUACCAUAUAUACAGACCUGCUUAUAUACACACAACCACAACUUAAAUGAGUUUAAAAUAUUUAAUUAAAUCCUUUUUUUUCGUUGCAUAUUUUAAAAACAGUGUAACACUAUUAAAUGUUUAAAAAACAAAGAGCACAAUUACCCUGUGCAACUGGUUUACCCUCAGCGAUGUCAACAAUAUUUAACAAAAAUGAGUCCAGUGCAGUGCAUACAUUUACAAUGCAAAACAUGAACAAAGCUUUUUUUAUAUAUAUAUAUAUAAAUAUGUACAGUAAAACGGUGAAUCAAAAACCCAUGUAAACUUUAAAUCAUCCCUCAGGAGUAAAUCCAAACUUCAGGCAUACUCCAUAGAAACACAAAAUAGUUUGAUGCCCUCUUAAGGUGUCACACAUUCACCUCAGUCUUCUUUUCAAUUGUGGUCAGACUAACAAAAUAGCUAGGAGUCCUGCUUUGGGUGUGGGCCUUAGAAGUAAAACGAGUUAUAUAAGCUGGCAUGGCUUUGCUCCAGAACUGUGCAAUACACCCAAACGUCUUUCUCUUGGUUUCCUUUAGAAGUAAUGCCUUAUUGAAAUCCCCCCACACCCAAAAUAAACAUGCUAACAAAACUAUUUUACAGUGACUCAAUGUAAAUGAUUUACAUUUUUAUUUACAUAAAACAAAGGACAACACGCAUACUUUAGUCAAGUACUUUGACCAAAAUCCCCUCCCUGAAUGGUUAUUGACAUCUUUAGCCCUAAACAGUGGGUCCACACCUACACCUAUAGCUUUGACUUUAUCAAAACCCACGUUUGCACAUCUCAUUCUCUUUAUUCCAACAGUACUUCCCACAACUUCAUUCUCAGUACUACCCACGUCUUUAUCUCUUUGGGAUUGCAUUAACUCUCCUACCUUUGUAAUGGCCUCAAUGAGCCAUUGGCACAUGAUGAAACCACAAGGACACUCUCUCUCUUGUUUAUCUACAAACUAGUCCCAAGCACACAAACAUUUCCAUGAACUCACAACACUGGUACUGUAUACUUACUGCAGAAUACUGCGGUGCUUUUUUUUUAAAAACUGGCAUGUAUCUGUUUCCUUUGUCUGGUAAAACAUGUGCAGUCUCUUUAUUUUCAUCUUCAAGUUCCCCUGUCACGUUUAAACAGGCUAGGUUUUAUGCGAAACAGCCCGCCUUUUUAUUUGUGUGGUGAAACAUUAGCCAACGCUGUCAGUAGU